AUGGAGCUGCCUUCCAACCUUAUACCAGAUGAGGCAAGCCCUGAAUGGAUGAACAAAGGUGACAACGCAUGGCAGCUAACAACAGCAACCCUGGUGGGUCUCCAAACCAUCCCAGGCCUCGUCAUCCUCUACGGAAGCAUGGUGAAAAGGAAAUGGGCUAUCAACUCGGCUUUCAUGGCGUUUUACGCCUUUGCCAUGGUUCUCGUAUGUUGGGUAGGGUGGGGUUUCCGCAUGUCAUUCGGGGACAAACUCGUGUUUUUCCUAGGAAAACCGGGUGUUGCAUUAGACGAGAAGUUCUUGCUAAAGAGGGCAUUUGCGGGGUACUUGCCAACGGCGACGAUGGUGUUUUUCCAGUCGGUAUUCGCGGCGAUCACGGUGGUUUUGAUAGCCGGAUCGCUUUUAGGUAGAAUGAACUUUCGUGCAUGGAUAUUGUUCGUGCCAUUGUGGUUUACGUUUUCGUAUACGAUUGCAGCUUUUAGCAUAUGGUGUCCUCAAGGAUGGUUGGCAAAGCUAGGCGUUAUAGAUUUUGCCGGCGGAUUUGUUAUUCACCUUUCGGCCGGGGUUGCUGGUUUCACUGCAGCCUUUUGGGUUGGUCCAAGGGCUGAAAAAGACAGGCGAAACUGCCCACCAAACAAUGUAAUAUUGAUGCUAGCAGGAGCAGGAUUGCUUUGGAUGGGGUGGAGUGGGUUCAAUGGUGGAGCGCCAUUUGUGGCAAGCACUAUUUCAGGUCUAGCUAUACUUAACACUCACGUUUGCACUGCUACAAGCAUCUUGACUUGGCUCCUUCUUGACAGUCUCUUCUUUGGAAAACCCUCUGUUCUUGGUGCCAUACAAGGGAUGAUCACUGGCCUCGUUUGCAUCACUCCAGCUGCAGGGGUAGUUCAGUGUUGGGCAGCUAUUAUAAUGGGAAUAAUCUCAGGAAGUGUACCAUGGUACACAAUAAUGGUUCUCCAUAACAAAGUUAAGCUAUUGAAGUUGGUCGACGACCCCAUCGCCAUAUUCCACACCCACGCCAUCGCCGGUGGCCUUGGAGGCAUUCUUACAGGUUUCUUUGCCGUCCCAAAGCUCUGCCGCCUUUUCUACAUGGUGACAGACUGGGAAAAAUACCUCGGCCUCGUUUAUGGUCUGCAAAAUGGUCGAACACCAGCUGGGUUUAAACAAAUGGGGAUUCAAAUUGCUGCCAUGGGGUUCGUGAUCGUCUUGAAUGUUGUUGUGACCAGCAUUAUUUGCUGGUUCAUUGGGUUAAUAGUUCCACUGAGGAUGUCAGAUGAAGAACUGGAAAAUGGGGACGAUGCGGUGCAUGGGGAGGAAGCCUUUGCAUUAUGGCAUGAGGGAGAGAGGUUAGUGGGUAGGAGGCAUAAUAAUAAAGUGUAUGAUACACGUGAGUUUUCGUUUGGAGAAUAUAAAGAUGAAGUUCAAAUGGUGUGACGAUUUUUGU